AGAAUAUCGGAGCGCCCGCUCAUAUCCUUCGGCCGCAAAAGGCGUGAGAUCUGGAUUCACGCGUUCUGUUUCUUAUAGCGCACACAAUCUUGCUACCUUUUCGUCUCUAGAUCUGAGUUAAUCCCAUCUGCUUAUUCUGGGAAAUCUUUACAACCUACGCCGUUGCUGCACUCGUCAGAUCCCCUCGGCUUUGCGAUUUCCUUUUGCGUUGCGAUUUCCUUUGCGAUCCCUCCCUCGGCUUUGUGAUUUCCUUUGCGAUCCCUCCCGUGUAUUUGGAUCCAUAAAGACUCGAUCUUUCGGCGAUUUUUUUGGAGAACUGGUGGAUAAUGGCAGCGAAAAUGCCCGGCGUUAUCGCCCUUUUCGACGUCGAUGGGACGCUCACUUCACCUAGGAAGGAGAUAACGCCGCAAAUGCUCGAGUUCAUGCGGGAACUCAGGAAGGUUGUCACCGUAGGUGUUGUGGGGGGAUCUGACCUGAUUAAGAUUACAGAACAACUUGGAAAUUCAGUUCUAAAUGACUAUGACUAUGUAUUCUCUGAAAAUGGUCUUCUUGCUCACAAAAAUCAGAAACUAAUUGGUCGACAGAGUUUGAAAUCAUUCCUCGGGGAGGAUAAACUGAAGGAGUUCAUUAAUUUUACUCUCCAUUAUCUCGCUGAUUUGGAGAUUCCAAUAAAAAGAGGGACUUUUAUAGAGUUUCGAAGUGGAAUGUUGAAUGUCUCUCCAAUUGGAAGGAACUGCAGCCAAGAGGAACGUGAUGAAUUUGAAAAAUAUGAUAAGGUUCAUAAUGUACGAUCGAAGAUGGUCUCUGUGUUGCGUGAAAAGUUUGCACAUAUGGAUCUAACAUUCUCAAUUGGGGGACAAAUAAGUUUUGACGUAUUCCCUAGAGGCUGGGACAAGACUUAUUGCUUGAAAUACCUUGAUGAAUUUCAAGAAAUCCACUUUUUCGGUGACAAAACCUACAAUGGAGGAAAUGACUAUGAAAUAUACGAGUCUGAACGAACUGUUGGUCAUACAGUCACAAGUCCAGAUGAUACAGCAGCGCAGUGCAAAUCUCUGUUCUUUGAAAAUUAAUUGGAGAUGAACACAUCAGAUUGUUCGAUUCAAUACUGAUACUUCCUGAAAGUUACAUACAAAUUCCUAAUAGGUCUUCUUCUUCUCAAACAUUUUAUGUUCUCCAAGUUUGUAAUAAAUUGGCUAAUUAGCCACUAGAAUUUAUAACAGCACAAAGUUGUUUCGCUCCUUCUCAAAAAAGUGUGAUAAUAAAUUCUGAUUUAGUUCAUUUGUUUCA